AUGUAUUGAAUUGAGUGAGUCCAGUUAGUUAGGUUUGGUUAUCCCUAUUACCUGUCAGUGAUAAGGCUUUUUUGGACUAAAUAUUGAGCAUUCAAUGUAUAACAAGAAAUUUAAUACGUAAUUCUAGAUCUAAAAUACAGAAAAAGUUGUAAUAAAAGAUGCUGAUAAUUUCUUGAAGGAAACAGAUUAUGAAGACGCUUCUCAAAACCUCAGGAGCCGCGUUGUUGUGUUUUGGUGUGUUUGUAGCCGCAACCAUCGAAGUAUCUCAGCAACAUACGCCCAUUAGAGAAUCAUUUGACAACGAGUAUUCCGACGUGGAUGCUGCACCAUCAGAUGUUGCUUCAGUCAGUAAAUUUAUUAAGGAAUUUCAUAGACAGAUAGACGAUGAGGUGUAUUGGACGGCGGAACGUUCAGGUGAGCCAGCGCAGGAGUCUGCAUAUGUGGACAGUACUGCUGUGACUGUGGUCAACCAGUCAUCCACAGCUGAGGUGGAUGAGGACGUCAACUCUACAUUUGUAGUUAGUUGCAACUUGGAGCGUCAAGCCGGAUCACUCACAGUUGAGCUGGUGAACUCCACAAGAUUGGUCAACCUGUUGGGUACGGAUCCCAACAUAACGAGCAGAGGACAGAAGGCAGACUGUGUGGUUCUGCUGUUCUAUGCCCGCACAUGCCCCUUCAGCUGCAUGGCCGCACCGCACUUCAAUGCCCUGCCACGUGCGUUCCCAGCUAUCAAAAUGGCUGCCGUCAACGCUCUACAGUAUCAAAGUUUUAACACCCAGUAUGGGAUUGUGGGAGUGCCGACCGUCAUGCUGUUCCACAAUGGUCGUCCGGCAGCUAAGUUUAAUGACAGUGAAUAUACCCUUGAGAUGUUCUCAAGAUUCAUCACCAGGCAUACAGGUAUUUUGCCAGAGGAGAAGAUGUUUGUGACAUCCGCUGAUUUCGGCGGACCAGUGGGUUCUGUGGUGGCCAAGGAGACGGACUACUGGCUAGGUCUCGCUUGGCUGGUGAUCGCUGUGGUGGGGGGUGUGGGCGUGGCCAAGUCUCGGAUGUGGCACAAUAUCGUGGAGGCAGUGCAGGAUUUAUGGCGAGAGACGGAAGCACAGCAUUUCCACAAUGAAUGAUACAGCACAUAGUUGUAUAUAAGUUCCUGUACAUUAUUUUAGCUGGUUUUUGCAAUAAAUGUGAUUUUGUAA